CACGGACAGUACGGGCUAACAUUUGGAGCGAAAUUAUCUCAUAACACCAGGUCAUUACUGAUUUUCUUGUACUGAAAACGUUGCUUUUUAUUUUAUUUCGUAAAUUUUUAACGAACUUAUAAUAAUAAUAGUGUUGUAGCAGUCUUGUAAGAUAACUAAUAGUUUUGGCUAUGGACGUUAACCCGGUUCGGUCUAAAACUAAUAACGAAAAACCAACAGCACGCCAUAAACGUCAAAAGACAUACUUUACAUCGAGCGAAAAGAAUAUGAUCAUAAAUGUAUACGAACACGUAAAGGGAACAUGGCCUGCCGACGAAUACCCGUACAAAACUAAACUAAAUGAGAAGACGGCUGCCGUGUGCGGCAUCGGCAUCGCUUCAGUUUAUAGGAUUCUGAAAGAGUACGCGACACACGAACGAGUCACGUCCCCGGUGCUGACAAAGAAGAGACUGACGUUCUCCGAAAAAAUAGACGCCGAUGAUAAAAGCACUAUAAGGAAAAUAGUUCACAGUCACUACAUGAGGGGCGAGCUGCCUACUUUCAAAAAGAUACUUCAAGCGGUCAACGACGACGAAAAUCUACCAAAUUUUAAAAAGUCAACGUUUCAUAAAAUACUGAAGCAUUUGAAAUUUAGAAACGUGAGACUCAAAGGAACCAACGCUUUAGUCGAAAAUAAUGACGUGGUAUUGUGGCGGCUAAAUUACUUGAAAACGAUUAAAGUGUACAGAAAUCAAAACCGGAACAUAUUUUAUAUUAAUGAAGCAGUUUUAAAUAUAGGGAACUCUGAUGCAAAAUGUUACAUGGACACUUCAACACACACCAGACUAAAAUCGAAUGAAGGAGCCGGCACCAGCACCAAGAAUACCACUUCGAGAAGUAAAAGUUUAGUUAUUUUACACAUUGGCAGCAAGACGGGGUUUCUUGAGGCAGCAGAACAUAUAUCAGAAUUAAAAACCCAAGGAGAUCCCCAUGAAUCAAUAGAUGCCAAUAAUUUUGAGUAUUGGUUUGAACAGAACUUAGCAAAACUCGGAGAGGGCUCUGUUGUUGUCAUGAAUGCUGCACCUUAUAACACUAGACGAUCUGAAAAAACUCCAAGUAUAGCUUGGACCAAGGGAGAUAUACAAGAGUGGCUCCUGCAUAAGGAAAUCAAUUUUGAUCAAACAGAUGUCAAAGUAGAAUUAUUGAAGAGAGUUCGUGACAUUAAAAAGGAUUUCCAGUCAUAUGCUGUUGAUGAGCUCGCCAGGAAAUACAAGGUGGACAUCCUGAGACUGCCGCCAUAUCAUGGUGAACUAAACCCGGGAGAACUGGUGUGGUCUGAUGUGAAGGAUCACUUGGAGAUCACCGACACCAGUUUUACAUUUGAACAAAUAAAAUCCUUGCUCCAGGCCAGCAUCAGAAACGUGUCUCCUGAUAAAUGGCAAAGCUGCAUCACUCAUGUCACCCAUGUAGAAGACUUCUUCUAUAACAAGUUAGAUGUUCUGAUCGACAACACUAUGGAUACCUUUGGAGUUAAUGUUAGUGAUACAGAUUCAGAUACGGAAUCCUGCUCUUCCAGUACAGACGAGAGUCUCUUGAAAUACACGGAAUAAUUAUAUGAGCACCUCGACUGAGGCCACUUUGGUUCAUUGUUAAGUAAUUUAAAAACUAAAAUAAAAUGACAACUCGUUUAUUAAACUUUAUUUAUAA